AUGGCUACCAUCGACGUCACCACGAAGGCGCCCAAGCAACGUAUGAGACCGAACCAGCAGGAGACGCUACCACCCCACAAGUACUACGAAAACCGCUGUACCUUAGUACAGAGUCUACGUCAGAAUACACGUGAGAAUGGCAUUUAUUCUUCCUUCAUCUCCAAUCUCCUGGACCUUGGCGCAUUCCGCGCUCGACACGAAUCUAUAACGACUGGCCACCAGCUCAAAGACGUAGAGUACGCAAUACGUGGGCGCAUCGUCACUAUUCGUAGUGCAGGAGAGCGUUUGCGCUUCUACGAAGUUCAAUCGGGCGAGGACAAGAUACAGGUCGUGUGCCAGGCGACUGAACGAGAUGACAUCGAAGUAUACAAGCAGCAACAAGAACACCUUGCGAGAGGCGACCAAAUCGGUGUGAUCGGUCACCCAGGGCGAACAGCACCACGAAACCGGCCUGUAGGCGAGCUCUCGCUCUUCGCGCACAAGGUCAUCUUGCUAGCACCCAGCCUGCACAUGCUGCCCAAGACGCUCACUGACGCCGAAACGCGACACCGCGACCGACCCCUCGACUUCAUUACGAAUCGACGCAGCCGCGACAUGCUGCGCACCUGGGACGCGAUGGAAGCCUACAUCACCACGUUCCUGCGCAGCCGCGGAUACAUCUCAGUCGUAACACCAAUCCUCUGCCAGCAAGCCGGCGGUGCAGCAGCCAAGCCCUUCAUCACCCACCACAACGAUCUCAAGCGAGACAUGUACCUCCGGACGGCUACGGAACUCCAUCUCAAGCCCUUAGUCGUUGGUGGCAUUGAUCGCGUGUUCGAAAUCGGACGUGUGUUUCGCAAUGAAGAUAUGGAUCUGACUCAUAAUCCUGAAUUUACGAGCUGCGAGUUUUAUCAGGCGGAUGCUGAUUACGAGGUGAUGAUGCAGCUGACGCAGGAUAUGAUUUCUGGUUUGGUGAAGAGUGUGACUGGGUCUUAUGUGACCAGGUUCAAGAGUCAGACUGGUGACGAGUGCGAGAUCAACUGGGAGGGGCCAUGGGAGCGCAUUGACAUGAUACCAGCUCUUGAAGCUGCCUGUGCUAUCAGCUUUCCUCCUCCAUCUGAACUUCACACUGAGGAAAGUCGACAGUUCCUACUAAGCCUCUUGCAUGACCGCAACAUCGUCUGUUCGCCCCCGCAUACAAACGCCCGUCUGCUCGACAAGCUCGUGGGCUUCUACAUCGAAUCGCGCAUUACAAAUCCCACGUACAUCAUCCACCACCCGAAGCUCAUGUCUCCACUAGCCAAGACGCAUCGCGCAAUCCCUGGUCUGACAGAACGCGCUGAAGCCUUUGUCUGCGGCCAGGAAAUUUGUAACCUGUAUUCCGAACUCAACGAUCCGUUCGAGCAGCGCGAGCGCUUCCUAGAGCAGGCUCGGCAGAAGGCUCAAGGUGACGACGAAGUGCAGAGCAUUGAUGAAGCGUUCAUCAAAGCGCUGGAGUAUGGGAUGCCGCCCACGGCUGGGUGCGGGCCUGGGCUCGAUCGCAUCAUGAUGUUCUUGACGAACAAUUACUCAAUCAAGGAAGUUUUGGCGUUCCCAAUGAUGAGGGAGGAGAUGAAGAGGGGUGGAGGUGGGCCUGCGAAUACUCAGACUGAUCAGGUGGUUGAGAAGGGAGAGCGGGUUCGGGCACUGAGGGCCCAAAUGGCAGCGCUUGAAGCUGAGAUCGCGGGGCUGUCCAUUGAGAAUUUAGAAUGA